GAAUAUUUGAGCCAUAGGUAUCUAUACAGGUAGUUAAACUACCAGAGAGCACUUAGAACCAACUUAGAAACCUACUCCAUCAAUUCAUCAGGGUCAUUUAGCACAUCUCGCUUCCUCUCUCUACCUAGGAAUAUCACCACUUAUAACGAGGGGCUGGGUCAGUUUCAUAUAUCAUGGCAAUAGCGACAAGCGGUAUCUUCCGCUUUUUCGAUCUCCCGGCCGAGUUGAGAGAGGCCAUCCUCUCACAGCUACUUGUCUCGGACAACGAUAUCAUACUCCAUAACACGACUAACUUCAUCCCGCCGCUCUUAAAUACCAUACACUUCCUAAACUUCUUCCUCGUAAAUAUGCAGAUGUACCAAGAAGCGUCCGCCAUAUUCUACUCUAAGAACCGCUUUACUUUGAACGGCCAGAGCCAUCGCUUGCCUGUACAUCUCACCAGCCGGGGCGGAUUCCUUAGCGAAGAGGGACAAGAUGCCCGUAGGCGCGUGCGCAGCUUAACGCUUCAUCUCACGAGAGUGGGAGGCGAGUUUGAGAGAGUUCUAGGACCUGCAAUCUCCGAUAUGAUCCUCAGCGGUAGUCUGCGUGAUCUAAGACUACGCCUAGGACCGCCGAGUUGGCGUGCUCCUAUCCGGCCGGCCGACUCAGAUAUGGUACUACGACCUCCGUUCCAGGCGCUUUUAAGACUAUUGGCCGAUCCAUACUUGGAAACCGUUGAACUGCUGGCUUGGAAGGUUCAUCUAAGAGUUUUAUGUCCAUUUCACCGGAAAGCAACUACCUCGUCAAAGAAAGACACCGAGUCGGUAGACGACCAAGGAAUAGCUAUUUUGCGUGAUGGGCCUGGUUGGAUCGAAUUAGAUUGGAAGGCUAUGGUCAAGGCCUUUGGUGGAGGACAGCAGAUAGUCACAAUCGGCGAACGAAAGUAUUAAGACCUUAAACGAAUGAAUGCGAUCGAUCAGGGUCUUGGCGAGAUGCAUGUCUUCUUGCUAUUCGGUCUAGACGACUUGGAAAUCUUCCCGCGUGAUCUUCCGAAGUCCAUCGGUACUGCCAGGUCUAAUGGGCGAACGACCAGCCAAUUGGCCCCAGAUUCAAAUGGAAGGUUCAUUUAUUGGACAUCUUAAGUCAUGGGGCAUAUUCACGCCAAGCAUGACUAGGUAAUUCUAGCAAUUUCGAUGCUUCAGCGUAUCGAAAAUGUGACAGCCAUGGCUAAAGUCACAACGCUUGAUCAAAUUUCGAUUCUCAAAGCCAAGACACGACAAACUCCGUCGAUAACCCAAUGAUGCCUUAUCUAC